UGAGGCGUGCUGUAAGCGGCUCUAGUGGUUAUUGGUACCACCUGCGGGAAAUUCUUUACCCGUUUGACGUCAACGCAUGACCGAGUGGUUUGUGGCAAAAGUGGACGCAUUUUCUCCUGAAAGUGGACGUUUUUUUCUCGUCACCUAUUGAGAAGAGGCCCACGAUGACGCCCCGCUGCUUUAUACCUGUGGCGUUGUUCAUAUUGCUUCUGGCGGGUUCCCUCGUAUUGGCCGUGACAAGGUUCCAUGAAGAAGGGGUCACCGAGAUUGAUGACUCCUGGCGGCCACGGGUGGUCGUUCCAACACAAGGCGAGGUGUGGCCACAGCCCGCGAACCAGACGAAAAGCAACAAGACUCUGUCUGUAGAUGCAAGCACAUUCUCGUUUCAGUACGAGGGUUCCUGUCCCGUAGUGCAGCAGGCACUGAAGCGCUACCAACGUCAGAUAUUAUUCCAAAACUGCUCGAGAUCUGAAACACCUGAAGGAGCUAGACGCAGACGUACUCGGUCCGCGCUAAGCCCUCAGACGCCUUCACACGACGGUCAUCUCGAUGUUUUAUUAGUAACGGUGUCCCAUCAAUGCGAAGACAUUCCGGAUCAUCGCAUGGAUGAAAGCUAUUCUCUUUCCAUAUCAUCAACAGAAGAAUCCUUUAUCUCAGCUCGUAGUGUUUGGGGGGUGCUCAGAGGACUAGAAACCUUCAGUCAACUAGUAUACUCGCCGGAUGGAAUGUCGUGGGUCGUGAACGAGACAGUGAUCUAUGACGAGCCGAGAUUUCCUCACCGGGGUCUCCUGAUAGACACAGGUCGGCACUUUCUACCACUGGAGUCCAUAAUGGACACAUUGGACGCAAUGUCGUACAACAAAAUGAAUGUUCUCCACUGGCACAUCGUGGACGAUGAGUCUUUUCCCUACGUGAGCAAGAAGUUCCCCAGCAUGAGCGAAAAGGGUGCCUAUGAUCCGGAAAUUCGCGUGUACGCGCCAGAAGAUGUGCAGUAUGUAAUCAGAGAAGCUGCUGCGAGAGGCAUUCGCGUCAUGGCCGAAUUUGACACGCCUGGACACACUCGGUCGUGGGGCGAGGCCUUUCCUAAUCUCCUGACGACGUGCUACAAGGGAACGAAACCCAGUGGUAAACUUGGACCGAUUGAUCCUAGUACGAAUGCUACUUACGAUUUCCUCAAGGCGCUGUUUUCUGAGGUGGCAGGAGUGUUUCCCGACCAGUACAUUCAUCUCGGAGGAGACGAAGUUAGCUUCGAUUGCUGGAAAUCUAACCCGAACAUAACGGAAUUCAUGGCCCAGAUUGGCAUUUCUGGGGACUACCGCAAGCUCGAAGAAUUUUACAUAAAAAGGUUGCUGGAUAUUGUCCAAGGGGUAAAGAAGAACUACAUGGUGUGGCAGGAAGUAUUCGAUAACAAAGUUGAGAUUGCGCCGGACACUGUGGUGCACGUGUGGAAGAAUCCUUUCCAAUGGGACAUGAGUGCAGUGACCGCAGCCGGUUUCAAAGCCCUUUUGUCGAGCUGCUGGUACCUGAACGUAAUCAGCUACGGUGUCGACUGGAAGAAGUACUACAACUGCGAUCCUCAUGACUUCGAAGGGACGCCCAAGCAGAAGUCUCUCGUGCAAGGAGGAGAAGCCUGCAUAUGGGGAGAAUACGUGGAUGCCACGAAUGUGAUCAGCCGCACGUGGCCCAGAGGAUCUGCAGUAGCUGAGAGGCUGUGGAGUCCUGCCUCGGUGCAGUACACGAAGAGAACAGCAUCCCGGUUCGAAGAACAGCGUUGCAGGAUGCUGAGACGUGGCCUCAAGGUUGAGCCGGAGAACGGGCCUGGUGCCUGCGAAUGUGACUACAUCUAUUGAAGCCAUGCAGCGAAGCAGUUGGCUCUUCACGAUGGAGAACGGACGAGCUGGCCUGGCGAAUUUUUUCCCGAUGAAAUGCCGAGAAAAAGAUCACCCAAUAGCACCUUUUUCGUCUAUAUUUUUUUAGUCCCAGUAUGCUAGGUUGCUGUUGGGGGCAACGUUCUGAUCACAAGCUUAGGAUGCCACAAGUUUUGUAACGUACAAAACGCAAUAAUACAAUUAUUAUUUUCUAAAUAAACUUUCACUCUCUGAAU